CAUGACUCAUCCAGGGCUCUGAUUCAUGGACGAACCCCAUAAAUUCAAGCUUGGAUCUAACAACCCGGCGUGGAAAGAGGGAGUCAUAAGAAUAUGGUUAAACAACACUGUAGGUUGUGAGUGACGAGGGAGGGCACGCGGCACAAUAACCCGAACUCAAAGCAGGGGAGACGUUACAUAGCACGCGUUGGCAGUGGAAAAGGUGAAGAGUGCGCCGCUUCAGACUUCGCCCCAGAAAAAGGAAAAUGUCUCAAGACGGAGAGAUUACAGCGAAACCUUUCAGAUCGCUCUUGUUGUGGUUUUGCUUUGCAGCUGCCUACAUUCUAGCCUGAAAGCACACUUCAGCAGCCAAGCAGGAAAUGGGAGGGGGCUGCAGAAGUGUCACACGUUAGACCAGAGCGGCUGCAGCUCUGCUCUCUCCGCCACAAAGGUGACGAGAAAGCGAACAGCGUGCACGCUCGCUCGUUCGCUCACACUGCGGUCACGCCAUGCUCAUUUCUCCUGAGAGCCAGGGGUCGGCCGCGACGGCGGAGCCCGGUUUUGGAAGAAGAUAGAGCCUUUUUCUGUUUUUUUUUUUUUUUUUUAGGCGAGCGCAGCUGAGCGCCUCUGUGAGUUGGCGGGAACAGCUUGAAGCUGGUCCAGGGGGUCGAGGGACGGGGACGGGGACGGGGACGGGGACAGCGUGCAUCGGCGCUCUGUGUCUGAGGAUCACCAUGCCGGUGAGACUAGGGGAACUCAGCAUCCUCACCAGCCCCAUCUCGCUGGUCCGCAUCUGGGCCCUGGUUUCCGGCUGCCUCACCCUGAGCCUGGGGGUGUACGCGGAGGAACGGGCGGACUUCCACACCUUCAAGGUCUUCUGCAUGGCCGCCUGGGGCCUGCACUUCUCCUUCACCCUGCUGAUCAUCCUGGUGGAGUUCAUCCAGUUCCAGAGCCUGGUGCCCGUCUCCUGGAAGAACCUGCCCGUCUCCUUGGCCGCGCUGGGCACGCUGGUGUACCUCAGCACCUCCCUGGCGUUCCCCUGGCUGCUGAUGAGAGAGAACCCGAACCCGAACCCCAAGGCCAUCGUGGCCACCGUCUUCUCCUGCCUGACCUUCCUGGCCUACGCCUCGGAGACCCACCUGAUCCGGGUCCAGAGCAGGGAGCAGAGGGGGUACAUGGCCAGCGCCCCGGGGCUGCUCAAGGUCUUCCAGGUGUUCGGGGGCUGCGUGAUGCUGCUCUUGGUCAGUCACCAGAACCCCGAUGGGCAUCCGGAGGGCUGGAAGUACUGGCUCCCGUUGACGAUCUACAUCUUCUGCUUCCUCAUGUCCCUGGGCACCGUGCUGGUCGUGAUCGGCGACUGCGCCAACCGCUGCCUCCUGCCCUUCGACCGCCUGCUGGCCGUGUUCAGCCAUCUUGGCGUCCUUCUCUACAUGGUCGUCACGGUGAUCAGCUUCACCAAUAUCCUCACGAUCAAGGCCAGCGGAGAAAAAACGUUUGGAAUUGUGACCGGGAGCGUCGUCACCUGCCUCACUUUGAUAGCCUAUACCGUGGACCUGGCCUUCUCCAUCAAGCUUCUGUGUGACAGGUCUUAAAGAUCCUUUUGGAGAGAAGUUGUGGUACCCUUAACACUGUGAAUAACAUUUUGUUUUGCCUUGACAGAUGUUUUGAGGAACAUUUACAGAUGACAAUUGACUUGACGUCUUACAGUAGUUUUACU